GCCGCCGCAGAUCGAGCACGCGAGAUACCCGUUGACGUGGCACCGGGUAGUUGCACGAGGUUCUGAUCGGGUCGGGUCGGGUCGGUUCGGUUCGGUACGAGGGAAACAGUGUGUUUCGCCUGGGAAAGUCCUUUCUGGAAGCUGUUCGAGCGAAAUCGGCCGGCUCUUCUCGGAACCACCGAUUCGGACGCGUUCGCGCCGAGUCGGACGGCCUCGCGGCGAAGUUAAUCGCCUACGUACACAAAGCUGUGAAACGCCUUCAAACCGAGUCAAACAACGGCGUUGCGAUCGAUCGGUAGGAAAGAGAGCCGAGCGAGCCGGCUUCGUGUCCCAGAGUAGUUUCGCCGCGGCGAAACGCGAGCGGACGGGAAUAUUUCAGAAGAAGAAUCGGCCGGAAGCGGAGCGGGGCGAACGAGGUUUGUCGCUAUGAGACGGCUGGAUUAAUCGCGGCUGGCGGAACAGAAGAUAGGGGCGAGGGAGAGGAAGAGAGGAAUAGAGAGAGAGUGAGAGAGAGAGAGAGAGAAAGAGAGCGGCUCGGUGGUUGUGCAGGCAUCCGAGGGACGUGACUCGACUCGAACGGACAAGAUCGACGAACCCGCCGACAUCGACGGAUUUCCUGGCACACACGCGAGGACACCGGGACAGGGCACGUUGACGCGACAGGGCUCGCCGCAAGAAAUCAACCCUAUCGAUCCCCGGCCGACCUAGAAUCGAUCUCUCGCGCCGUGCGAGAACGAAGCUGGACUCGGCGAGGAAAACAAAUUCGGGACGGGUUCUAGGCUCGGCGCCGAGGAAACGGGAUCGACCGGCUCGUUGUCCUAACCCGAGCGCGCGUAACCGCCCUGUGAAACACGUUCUGUUCACCGUGCCGCCGACCGGGCCGGGCUGCCCUCGGUCCAGAUAAUCGAGAUUUCCCGCGGCACGCGCCGACACCGCCGAUCCUCACAGCCGCGGGGACAACACUGAUCGAGCCAUUCGAUCGAGGAAACGAUGAACUGCCAGAGAACUGCUAGCCCCGCUACCCACCAAAAAGACCACCCGCCGAGCGGACCGCCACGAUUUUCCAGCGCUUAGGGUGCCAGACAGAUCGAGAGGAAAAUGUCGGUCGAGAUCAGAGCGGGUCGACCAACGAUGCCGACUAUACCGCAGUCGAAGAGACCGACGAUUCUAGUGUAUCCAACAGUGACUCCGGAGAGCAUCAUUAUACCGAUCGUAUCGUGCAUCCUUGGAUUCCCGUUGCUGGCGCUCAUGGUGAUCUGUUGCCUGAGGAGGCGGGCGAAGCUCGCCAGGGAACGGGCCAGGAGGCGAAACUGCGAUCUGGAUCACGGUGCUCUGAGCCUCGUCCGUUUCAGUCCCGUUCAUCGCUUAGUGGGAAUUGAUCGUCCGACGAGAGCGGUGUCGCUACGAAGCGAUCGAGACUCGCGCACGUUCCCAUCGCUGGAAUUGGAUACGGUGGUCGAGGAGAGAUCGGAUCCUGAACAGAGCACCGCACUAGAACUUAGCAGUCCAGACUAGCAUCCAGCUUUGGUACCGCCCAGGUCUCCUCGACCAGCGAAAUCGGCGGUGCCACUGCCUGUAGAUCACAGUCCAUUGUGGACGGCUUUGACGCAUGCAAAUUCCGUAUCGUCCGUUCUCGGAGAUACCUAGCAGGAGGUUGAGGAGGGCGGCUACAUCGAAGCCCUCGUCCUCGAUCUACCAAUCAUCUACUAGUCAACAAACGAACGUUGUCCACCUUUGGAAAUGUGAAGAUCUGUCUGCCUUCGACUCGAAGAACGCGAGGCUGUACCACGAAAAGUGCCACAACACGAACUAGUUUGAAAGAUUAGAAGCGUUACGAAAAUGAAAAAAGAAGAUAAAAGAAACUAUAAUGAACUGUAUAAACACAUCUGACACGCGCGACAUACAUAAACUAAGGCGAACUAAAUUUUUUACCGGCAUACUUGUCAAAGCACGCUAUAACCAUCCCGCUUUUUACAUGACGAAAGUUACUUAAUGAGAUAAUGUACGUGUACGCCUACAAGUAUGUUAAUGUAAAUACGAAUUUGUUAAAAUCGUGUACAAAAAGAAAAUGAAGAAAUAAAUGAUCAAAAUGUAUAAAUGAAGCGUUGUGAACAGUAGUAUUGCAUACGCAGGAUUCACUGUCCAUCACGCGAAUGAAAUCGCCGAUGUGUGUAUAUACAUGCCAAGCAUGGACUAAUUACAACGGUAUUUGUAUCUAUAUUAUUUAAGCUAAUUAAUCCCUAUAAUUUAAUAUAUUCUCUGUGUAAUGUUCUCGUUACGUUCUAAAACAGCUUCGUUCAAAUGAAUUAUGUAUACAUUCGUACUCUUCUCACAGCAUACAACCUCCAAAGCCUUAGCACAACAACCUUACAGUAAAUUGCGCGCAGCAAACAGUGUAUGAUACACGCGAAAGUCUUCCAAAAUAAAUGAUUAAACUACGA